UCCAGUUCCCCUAGCCUGGUCCUCCUGAGGCCAGCUACCUGGCCCUCAGCUGGAGCUGGUGUCCCGAGCCCAGGCCCAGAACCCGAGUCCAUGGGUCCAGCCCGGAGGCAGGGGUCUCAGCCAGAGCCCCCCAGUUCCCGUUAAGGCUCACUUCCUCCUGCAGCCACGCCCCUCCUGGUGACCUACAGCCCCAGGUGGCAGGGACUGAGCCACUCACUGGGGGGACUGGUCGGACCGCAUUCCGCCUCGCAGGAUAAAACCGGGGGUGACCUGCAGGGAACUCGGAGCACUCCUGUGGCCAGCACUGCACGGCAGGCACGCCAGGCUGCGGCCCCACCCCUCGGACAUGCUCGUGUCCAGGACCCCCCCGGCCCUGGGCGGGGGCCGGUCCGGGAUUUUCACCUCCCUGCUGCUCCUGGCCUCCACCGCCAUCCUCCAUGCUGCCGUGACACCUGCCCCUCCGGCCUGCGGGCAGCCGCAGCAGCUGAACCGGAUUGUGGGCGGCGAGGACAGCGCCGACGCCGAGUGGCCCUGGAUCGUGAGCAUCCAGAAGAACGGGACCCACCACUGCGCGGGCUCCCUGCUCACCCGGCGCUGGGUGGUCACCGCCGCCCACUGCUUCAAGGGCACUCUGAACAAGCCGUCCCAGUUCUCCGUGCUGCUGGGCGCCUGGCAGCUGGGGAACCCCGGCCCGCGCUCCCAGGAGGUGGGCAUCGCCUGGGCGCUGCCGCACCCGGUGUACUCCUGGAGGGAGGGCUCCCGCGCCGACAUCGCCCUGGUGCGGCUCGAGCGCUCCGUCCAGUUUUCCGAGCGGGUCCUGCCCAUCUGCCUGCCCGACGCCUCCAUCCACCUCCCCCCGCACACCGACUGCUGGAUCGCCGGCUGGGGCAGUGUCCACGACGGAGUGCCCCUGCCCCACCCUCAGACCCUGCAGAAGCUGAAGGUUCCCAUCAUCGACUCGGAGAUCUGUGGCCGCCUGUACUGGCGGGGGGCCGGGCAGGAAGCCAUCACCGAGGACAUGCUGUGCGCGGGCUACCUGGAGGGGGAGCGUGACGCCUGCCUGGGCGACUCCGGGGGCCCCCUGAUGUGCCAGGUGGAGGGCGCCUGGCUGCUGGCCGGCAUCAUCAGCUGGGGCGAGGGCUGCGCGGAGCGCAACCGGCCGGGCGUCUACAUCAGCCUGGAGGCGCACCGCGCCUGGGUGCGGAGGAUCGUGCAGGGGGUGCAGCUCCGCGGGCACGCCGACUGGGGAGGGGGCGAGCGGUCAUCGGGGUCCGGCGUCCUCCGGGGGCGCCCCGCAGCCUGACCACGAACCCCGCCCCCCCUCCGCUGUCCAGAAGCGUCUACCUCUCCGGGUGCCGGUCUCCGCGGGGAGGCCCCGCCCGCGCCCCGCCCCCGGCUCAGGCUCCGCCCCUGGGCCCGGGAGCGCCUUCGUGUAUAUAUGUUCAUGAUUUUUACAGUUAUUUACAGUAAUCCCGCCCGCACAUUUUAUUUAUUCCCCCAAUUGCAAUAAAUUAUUUAUUCCCC